GUGGCGCUGCCCGCUCGGCCCGGCGCUCCUGGAGCCGCGAGCCGCCGCCGCGGUGAGCGCACCUGCCCCUCCUCCGCCAGGCGGGCCGCGGGGCAUGCAGCGGGCCGGGGGCGGGGCUCUGAGGCCCGGGCGCAACUACGGGCUCCCAGGCAGCCUCCGCCAGCUGGACCCCGCCGCCCUCCUGAUGCUCCUCGUGGACGGCGACCGGCCGGAGCCCAUGCGCAGCGGAGCGCGCGAGCUCGCGCUCUUCCUGACCCCCGAGCCUGGGGCCGAGGCGAAGGAGGUGGAGGAGACCAUCGAGGGCAUGCUCCUCAGGCUGGAGGAGUUCUGCAGCCUGACCCACCUGAUCAGAAGUGAUACUUCACAGAUCCUGGAGGAACACCUCCCAGUCCUUAAGGCCAAAUUGACAGAAAUGCGUGGGAUCUACACCAAAGUGGACCGGCUAGAGAAGUCGCCUGCACCGGUGCCCUUGACGUACGAGCUGCCUGCACUGUAUAGGACGGAGGACUAUUUUCCUGUGGACGCUGGGGAGGCCCAGCGCCGCCCCCGCACCUGCCCUCCGCCUCUGUGAGCUUCGCGCUCUUCCCCUCAGGAACGCUGAAAGUGGCACCGUGUACAUGGAGUAGCUUGGGUUUGUUUUUUUUUAUUUUUUUUUUAUUUUUUUGUGUUGCUGUUUUAUUUUACAUUAAAAAAAAAUUUUUUUUAACAAUGUAGAGAUAGGGUCUCACUAUGUUGUCCAGGCUGAGCUCAAACUCUUGGGCUCAAGGGAUCACCUGCCUUGGCCUCCCAAAGUGCUGGGAUUACAGGCAUGAGCCACAUUGCCUGGCCAGCAUUUUUCUGUUGGGGUAACUCUUGCGAUUUUGUUUUUUAUGAGACACCUGUCACCGAGGCUGGAGUAUAG